UGGCUGCAAGAUCGUCGUUUGCUCUCGUUUCUUUAGGUAAUGUGGGGAAAGUUGUAGCUAGGUCUGCGGGAGCUAUAGAUCCCUAACUGGGACUUUAAUGGAUUUUUACGUUUGAUUUGUUAUAUGGACAUUAAUAGUAAUACAUGUGUGCCGCUGACUAAAAGGCGAAUGAUAAAGCCGACUAUCUGCCGGGCAGUUACAGUUAUACAGAAGUAUUCUGACCCAUUGCUUGUCACAGUGGCCUACCGGAGGGAGAGAGACAUGCGGGGGAUGUAUGAGCCACAGUUUCAUCCGGACCGUGGGGGUCCCUACUUGCGGGAUAUGAGUGAGAGGAGACCCGGCUUCGGGAGACCGGAUGAGGAGUAUAUCCGUGGCUUCGAAUAUGACAGUCCCCGCUACCCGAAUGGGGCUCCACGGAGUUACCACAGCGACGACCAGCGCAGCUACUAUGGUGAGAACAGCCACUUUGCCAGCGAGCGGAGGAGUGGCCCGCUGCGACGGGAGGACACCUAUCAGUACUACCGUGACGCCCGUGAUGAGCUGCACGGGGCUCGGCAGCCGGAGUUCAGGGAUCACCGGGACGGCCUCAGGAGGAAAACCAUGUUCCCCCCUCAGCGUGAGCGCUCCCCCUUCAGGAAGGAUGUGCCGCACUCCCCCCACAGCCGCUCCGGCUCCAGCUUGAGCAGCAGGAGCUACUCCCCCGAGAGGAGUAAAAGCUACUCCUACCAGACCCAACAGCGGAAGAGACAUGAGGAGUCCUAUAACCAGGCCCGAGAGCUGGAUAAAGAGCGCCCCCUGGCUUACCCCGUGAACACCUCCCGCGACGGCUCUCCACAGAGCUCCUGCUCCGCCCCCAAGGUCGGCUCGGACAAGGCCGGCAGGGCCCCCGAGGCGUCCUCUGUGGGGCCCCCCCCUGAGAAGGCCGAGCAGCCCCUGGAGCCUGACGGCACUGAGCCCCACGCCGAAUUUGAGGACGAGCGGCUGCCGGAGGGAGAGCAGAAUGAGGCUCUGGUCGGGAAGGACACCAUCACGGCUGCAAGCAGCAACUACGCAGAGCGCCGCAGUGAAGCCAUCGCUGCCAAAGCGCGGGAGAUCGAGAAGGAAUGCGACAAAGUGGCAAACUAGCUGAGCUGAGCUGGGUCCAGCCACGUGGCAGGGGCAGCGGUCCCCCGAGGGCGGCGCCCCCAUCAGACGCACCCUACCAGCACCGCCUCUUGACACAGGCAAGCAGCAUGAAAAGUGCUGGGUCAUAAACAUCAAAUAGGUGUUCCUCAGGGCCCUUCUUUGGCCCUGUCUGACUCGGCAGGUCCCAAAGCCAAAUACAGAUUAUUAGGGGUUUUAGGGGUAACGGCAACAUCAAAGGCAAAUGUUUUACAGCCUUGGUGGGGGUGGGGGGGGGUGCCAUGGACCUUUCUCGGCUUUCAAUAUCUGCAGUCGUUUGGAGUUCAGAAAAAAGAAAUGGUAAACUGUAAAAGCUGAAGCAGGGUGGAAUUGUUAUUAAUGGAGCUAACAUGGAGACUGUUCAUGGAGUGGAGUCCAGCUCCGCAGGUACGGGUGCUGUGCCUGCGCUUGGAAGGUUGCUGCUUCAAUCCCCCGUGUCUGCAGAGUAAGGCCCAUAACCGCUAACUGCUGCUUCCUGCCUUAAACGUGUCACCGUUCGGAUAAGAGCACCUGUGCAAUUCAGGCUCUGGCAGGGCAUUCUCUGCCUUGGUGUGGUUAUCAGAACCAGAACCUGGCGUUCUCUGUGAAUCGGGUCUAACAGAGGCACAUUUGGGCGGGACACCCUGAACAGCCAAAACCACAUCCCGCCUUAAACAUCGGGCCGACGUCUUUGUGGGGACCUUGGACGUGGGCCCCUCUUUUUGGUUUCCCAAACCUUCCCAGUAUCCAUCCGUCGUUCCACGCGAUGCGGGUGAUAUGAUCACGUUUGCUGUCACACGCGUGACAGGGGCUGCAUUCACUCACACGCACCUCCACUUAAUAUGUUCUGCUAAUGGCACAGAAACCGCAGUAAAUCAUCCUUUAUUACACCGGCAAAAGGGCUCUGAUUUACGGGGCUUUGAGGCUUCACCAAAGCCGAUGGGGCAAAGGACACAGAUCUUGUUAAGUUUCCCAACUUUAAUGACUGUGAUGCCUUAAUGUCUGUCUGUUUGUAGGUGAACCUGUUUGUACUUUGCCAGUUUCUGAUUGUCAGUUUGUGAAAUAUUUUAUCCUGGAUGUUCAAUGUAAGCUACGUGAUUUUCUGAAUCCAUGGUGCCUCAUGUUUGUCCCGUUUGUGGGAUCGUCGCAAAGAACGGCCUGGCUUUUAUGGUUUCCAUCUAGUAAUGAAUGCUGACUUGUUCCUCAUGAGUCAGGACGAGGAGUAAAUGAACUUUCUAUAAUUAGCGUGUGGUCGUUAAACCCUCAGCCUUUACGAGCCUUUUUUUUUUUUUUUUUUUGCCUUCUGAUGUUAAUUCCUUACUGUGUUCUGACAAACCCAUGCGACUCCAAAGCUUCAGAAACCGGUGAUUAAUUCUCAGUUUUAAAAUGAGGGCUUUAGCCUGGAAUUUUGGGGGGGGGGGGAUGUCAAAAAGUUCUGAAUGAGCCAAAUGGUACAUCAUUGAUUUCUAAGUGCUUUAUUUUUAGUUUUUCGUACUAAUGAACACCACGGGAAAGUACAAAGCAAGGUGACCACGCAUGUAAAUACGGGACAUUAAGUCUCUGAAUCCGUGAUUAAACCUGUUUGCUGAUUCUGUAUUUCUGCCGCUGCAGUGUGGAGGGGCUUGGCGGAGGGCAAGGGCCCUUAUUGAGGUUAGGCUGCUUUAUUUGCUGCUUCCGAAUGUCCGACAGUCACUUUAGUCAUGCAGGAGAGCGUCCUGUCCGCAGUCAUCCUCUCUGCUUGUCGGCUUGGUUCUGGUUACAUUUACAAACCCAAUGAACUGCCUAAUGAUUGGAGUCCAUCGAGUACUACAGCUAUUCACUCUUAUAAUACACAUCUGGGACCAUUAUACUUCAUUAGUAACAUAGUAGUUUGAACCACUGUAAUUCAAAGUAUGACGACCUUGGUGUACUCUCCCUCUGCACUGCGCCCCGUCCUGUUCCUCUGCGCCCCGUCCCGACACGCCCUGCUUGUGGCUUGUGUUCUUUCUGUGGUCCGUAUGUCCAUGUUCUAUGGUGUGGUUGAGAAAGACCCGGAAUCCUGAAAGAGGCUGGCCUGUAUUUGGAGU